UGUCUUUCAGCGUCGAUCUCACCGGCCUCCUCUGCAAAUACCAAUCUCUCCGCAAAUACUGCCAGCGCGGCGAGCAGCGAUGGCCACGUCAUAUCUGCCGAGGAGCGCCGAUGGUACUACAAAGGCGUCUCGCGUCCUCCCCCGCCUUUGCUCUAUCGCUCCAAUCGUACCAAAGUCCCUUUCGCCGCCUCAUCCGACCGCUUUGCUACCUAUCCAGUCAAAACACUUCUAGGCGUCCACGGAACCCAUCUCAACACAGUCUGGCGACUCGUUGUCUCCGAAGUCAUAGACUAUCUGAACAGUUUAGGGGUGAAGUACUCGUCCAUACAGCCUGCCCGUUUCGUCACCAGGGACGACAGCAACGGGAUCAUAGUGCUCUGGAUCUCAACACACCCUGGAACCACCACCGAAAAGACUGCACGUAACGCCACGCCACGUAUGCAGCGCAUUCUCGAGGUGCAUGGUGUUCAGGAUGUCGACAUCGAAUGGUUUGAAUCCCCUGUCGUUUCUCUGACCCGUCUAUCGCUCCCCGCACCCCACAUCUUCCCUUUUCUUCGUCGGUUCACUCGGUUCCUUGCUCCCCUGAUCGGCAUGCCUCUCGGGUACACAGCGAAGGAUGGUCAACAAUACGACGGAACCCUAGGGUUUUUCUUCCGUGAAGGCCAGGAUCGGCUGGGAAACCCGAGCAGCAGGAUUCUGGGAAUCACUGCCCGUCACGUUCUGGGCAAGGGUAGGGUUGACCUUGAGUCAGCCCAGCCUGUCAUUGUUGCCAGUGCUACCGUGUUCGAGGAGAAUAUCCAGCGCAUGACGGACCAGAUGGUGCAGACACAGGACGAACUUGCAGACGAGGCUGCUCAAUUCGAGGUUGCCAAAUCGAACGCGCGGCGCGGGACUUCGGAGGAGGUACAAAGGCACGCACCGAUGUACGACAGGUGGAAGUUGCUGCGUGAGGGCGCGCAGGCAAAAGUCGCCGCUCUCGCCGACCUGAAGAAAUCGAUAAGCGCCGACUGGGGCGACCCGCAGCAACGCAUCGUCGGGCAUGUCGACUGGGCCCCAGACGUCGUCGUUGACGCCAGUACAGCGUACACCCUUGAUCUGGCUACUUUCGUCCUCGAACCCGAGAAGAUCAAGAACUUCAGGGGCAAUGUCUUGGAUUUGGGCUUCAAGUUCACACGAUACCAGCUUGACAAGUUCUUCGCGCAUGCUCCGGAGGCCGGGACACCGUCGUUCUCGUGGCCUACAGACGGCUGUAUGACGAUCAGAGGCUAUGUCCCGCGCGAGGAGCUCGAAGCCGUGCCCAAGGAGGUGGACACCCAUGACCAGCGAUGCUUCAUCGUCUUGAAGAACGGCGCUGGGACCGACAUCACAAUUGGGCGCCUCGGCGGUGUGGAAGGGUACAUCAGUUACUUGGAUCAGCCGGUGGAAUCCCAAGAGAUUGUCAUCUACGCCUACGACGAAAAGGAACCAUUCGCGGAUGGAGGGGAUUCCGGUGCACUCGUCGUAGAUGGCCGGGGACGUAUGGUCGGUGUCAUUCAUGCAGGACAUCCGUCUGGUUUUAUAACGUACGCUACCCCGGCCUGGUGGAUUGUACAGCAGUUACAGACUCACUACAGCGGUGCUGACUUCACUCCCGAGUCAUAG